GUUUAGUAUCGAGGAAGAGAAGGAGUUGGUAUAUAAGGUGUUCGGGGGCUCGGUGGGUUCUUAGUGUACUUCAGGCUCAAGCUACAUCGCGUCUGUGGAGGGCUCUCAUUAGGCAGCCAUGUGCGACGAAGAAGUAACUCCUCUGGUCGUGGACAAUGGAUCCGGCAUGGUGAAAGCCGGCUUCGCCGGGGAUGACGCCCCUCGCGCCGUCUUCCCAUCCAUCGUAGGCAGACCACGCCACCAGGGAGUAAUGGUUGGCAUGGGUCAAAAAGAUGCCUAUGUAGGAGACGAGGCCCAGAGCAAGCGAGGUAUCCUGACUCUCAAGUACCCCAUCGAACAUGGCAUCAUCACCAAUUGGGACGACAUGGAGAAGAUCUGGCAUCACUCCUUCUACAACGAACUCCGCAUUGCCCCCGAGGAAUCCCCAGUCCUUCUGACCGAGGCCCCACUCAACCCAAAAGCAAAUCGAGAAAAAAUGACCCAAAUCAUGUUCGAGACCUUCAACACCCCUGCCAUGUACGUAGCUAUUCAGGCUGUUUUGUCACUCUAUGCCUCAGGUCGCACUACAGGAAUCGUCUUGGACUCUGGAGAUGGCGUUUCGCAUACCGUUCCAAUCUACGAAGGAUAUGCUCUUCCCCACGCUAUCCUCCGUCUGGACUUGGCUGGCCGUGACUUGACCGCUUACCUCAUGAAGAUCAUGACUGAGAGAGGCUACUCCUUCACCACCACCGCUGAACGAGAAAUCGUUCGUGACAUCAAGGAGAAGCUCUGCUACGUUGCUCUAGAUUUUGAGGCUGAAAUGAAUGUUUCAGCUGCAUCAUCCACUAUCGAGAAGUCCUACGAACUUCCUGACGGUCAGGUCAUCACCAUUGGUAACGAACGUUUCCGUUGUCCCGAGUCUCUCUUCCAGCCUUCCUUCCUGGGUAUGGAAUCCGUUGGUAUCCACGAGACCGUCUACAACUCCAUCAUGAGGUGCGACAUUGAUAUCAGGAAGGACCUGUUUGCCAACAAUGUGCUCUCUGGUGGCACCACCAUGUAUCCUGGUAUCGCUGACAGAAUGCAGAAGGAAAUCACUUCUCUUGCUCCUUCCACCAUCAAGAUCAAGAUCAUCGCUCCUCCAGAGAGGAAGUACUCCGUCUGGAUCGGCGGUUCCAUCUUGGCUUCUCUUUCCACCUUCCAGUCUAUGUGGAUCACCAAGGAAGAGUACGACGAAUCUGGCCCCGGCAUCGUCCACAGGAAGUGCUUCUAAAAUCUUGCAAAUUUCUUCGACGAAAUCAGUUAAAUACAAAUGGCUUUGAUUGUUUCCAUCUGUCAUUUUCAUGAAAUAACAUUAAUAUGAUAACAGUGACCCAAUAAAAUAUAUACAAUGA